CCUGGCUGUCAGCGCCGACGCCGCGCGCGGGCACUUCGGAGCGAGGUCGGCUCGACCAUGCUGACUCCGGCGUUCGACCUCAGCCAGGACCACGACUUCCUCACAGUGUGCAUCCGCGUGCCCUAUGCCCGUGCCUCGGAGUUCGACGUGUACUUCGAGGGGGUGGAUUUCAGGUUCUACGCCAAGCCCUACUUCCUCAGAUUAACCCUUCCUGGAAGGAUUGUAGAAAAUGGGAGUGAGCGAGGAUCCUAUGAUGUAGAUAAAGGAAUUUUUACCAUUAGAUUGCCCAAAGAAACUCCUGGCCAGAAUUUUGAGGGACUGAACAUGUUAACUGCUCUUCUGGCACCAAAAAAAUCCAGGUCGGCCAAACCACUUGUUGAAGAAAUAGGUACUUCUGAGAUUUCUGAGGAAGGAGUGGAAGAUGGUGACGAAGAGUUUGACUGGGAAAUUGAACAGACACCCUAUGAAGAGUUGUCAGAAGAUGCUUUGAAUUCUCAUUGCCACUAUGGGUUUGGAAACCUACGGUCAGGAGUGGUUCAGCGGUUACAGGAUGAGCUGAGUGAGGUGAUUGAUAUCAAGAACCCAGAUUCCACCCCUGCGGCUGAGCGGAGGCAGAGACGAUUGGCUGCUGAGCUGGCCAAAUUUGAUCCAGAUCAUUACCUAGCUGACUUCUUUGAAGAUGAGGCAGUUGAACAGAUUUUGAAGUACACUCCUUGGUGGUGUGAUGCACAUACACAAAUGAUGGCCUCUUUGGGAAAGAGUCAGGAGCAAGGGGACCAUGCUGCAUUAGUGUCCUUUUCAGAAGAUGAGAAAUAUCAGCUACGAAAAUUUGUCAAUAAAUCAUACCUGCUGGACAAGAGAGCCCAUCGUCAAGUGUACUACAGUUUAAUUGAUAUUCUGCUGGCAUAUUGCUACGAGACACGUGUCACCGAAGGAGAGCAGAAUGUUGAAUCUGCAUGGACUAUCAGAAAACUGAGCCCAACACUGUGCUGGUUUGAGACUUGGAAUAAUGUUCAUGAAAUCGUGGUGUCUUUUGGAAGAAGAGUCUUGUGCUACCCACUUUAUCGUCACUUCAAGCUAGUGAUUAAAACCUACAGAGACACUGUAAAGAUACUGCAACUAGGUAAAAGUGCAGUUUUAAAGUGUCUCUUGGAUAUUCACAAAAUCUUUCAGGAAAAUGACCCAGCUUACAUCUUGAAUGACCUCUAUAUCUCAGACUACUGUGUGUGGAUUCAGAAAGCCCGGUCCAAAAAAUUGACUGCACUUGCAGAAGCCUUAAAAGAAGUCUCCCUCACCAAAGCCCAGUUGGGGCUAGAGCUGGAGGAGUUGGAAUCAGCAGCGCUUCUCGUCCAGGAGGAGGAAGCAAUGGGGAAGGUAGCCCAGGGUAAGCCCACCCAGCAGAUGCCCAACUCCAGUCCUGAGCCCAGUGACUGGGAGGAGUCGGAGUCGGGGUCGGGAUCAGACAGCACCACCUCGUCUGACAGUGAAGGCUCAACUACACAGCAUGAGGAACUUGUCGGGACUCAGCCUGCAUCAGACAAGUCUUUGCUAGGCCCCUUUUUGGAAGAGAGAAGUGCUCUGCUCAUCAGGGAUGGUGGGGUUUGCAGGGAUGUGGACAGUGAGGGGUCUGGCAUUAGUCAGAAACAGCCACAGGCCUCUGCCUGGGCUCCUCUGAUACAGGAGGUUAAGGAUCAGCUGCAGACUACACUUCAGGUGUCUAUACCCAUUGACGCCGAGGCUGGGAGCCACAGCAGUACACAGGACACAGAUGGGGAACAGAUGCCCCACAACUGACUCACAUGCUGGUUCAUUGCAAGGAUUUCACUCAGAUUGCUAUUGUCUCUUGAAUUGGAAUUGUUCAUUUUUCCUGUGUACUUUUCUUUUGUGUACAUGUGACAUUGUUUUUCACUGAGCUUCAAUUUAUCCCUUUUGAUUGUCUUGUCGCAGCUCAAAAAAUAAAGUUCUAACGCGUUGUU